AGGACCACACUGGCGGGGCCCGCUCGGAGACGGUUUUUUUUGCUCUUUGCCUUCUUUUUCCGGUUCAUUUUCACGCAAAUUGCAUUUUAAUAAUUUUGCUUCCUCGCAUGUUGACCCCCAAACCAGGCCUCGUAGAAGUUCACACAUGUCUUCACCACGUGCCAACAAGCACUACCUUAACCUUUUAUUCCUACGAACGGAGGAGCGGCUACUUGGACCUCCUCGCUUCAUCUACUUUGCGACAGCAGUGACUCGCGACUUUUUUGUAGCUUUUCACGAAAAUGGAUGAACCCAUAUUUUCACUUUUCAUUUUGCGGAGUAAGGCCACAGGACAGCACCACAACAGUUGGCAUGGAUGGGCAUACUCACUCGGGGGGGGCGAAUGUUAGUUUCUCUUAAGUAUCCAAGAAUAUUAGCUGCGGUCAACAUCCCUGUCGUUGUCCUCCUGCUCACCUCCUCUUGUAGCUCGAUAAGUUUUUGUCGUAGAGCUGCAGAACUCCCUGACCCUGGCUGUAGAAAAAAUAAGCGAAAGCAUGUAUGAGCUCAUGUCUAAUUUUUCUGCCAUGAUCUACAAUAUUUUUUUUUGAAAAUAAAUGGACGAGAGCCGGGUCAUCUUCAAAGUCUUCGACCAGUAGCACUGGGUCGACCUCCGGCGUGCCGCUCCACCCGCAACACUUAAAUAACCCUUCUGCCGGCAACAGCGUCUACACAACGGCAACAUCGUCCGGCAAGAUGAAUGCAGCCUCCUCGUCCUCCUCCAGCUGCAGGCCCCCACCGCCCAAGACGAAAGCCCCGAAUCCGCCACUGAGAAGUUGUGUUAAACAUCAAGUGAUGGCUAUCGCAAGAAAAAACUAUUUCACUGGAAACUUGUAAUGCAGAAAAUGUAUAUGAAUGAGAACUGUUUCUCUUGCUACAAGACAAUGGCUGUUUAGCUGUGUUUUCCCGUAGGAAUCUCGCAUGGCAAAUUUUCCCUGUGAUGUAGAACAAACUUGUGGUGCAAAACUUGCAAAACCCUUACAGUGAAGCACUUUUUUCAUACGAUAAUGGCCGCAAAAAACACCGUCGAGCUCAUCGACUACUGGUCGGGAAACCCCGCGGUCGCGCUGGUGGAGGGGGUCCUGAAGUGUAAGGAGUGGGUGGAGGACGAAACUUUUCCAAAGCUUCACAGCGAAGAUUUGUUCGACAAUCUUCCCGAAGAUGCCGGGACGAGGAGCAAGCAGCUGAUUGUGGAGAAGAUCGGGGCGGUGAAGCCCUAUGAGAGUGCACAACUCCCCCUCCCCCUUAUUUGUGUUGCAUGAACAGCAACACAAGCGCUGGAUAAGAUACAGCUUUUGCAUGACAAAUUCCUAGUGGAUUAUAGUGCUGUUUUGGAUGCCGGCAUCUGUCAUGCAAACAGUGCUAACAGGCAAGGGGUGGAUUUGGAAUUUUGCAUGACAAAUGAGGGGGGGGAAUUGUGCACUUUCAUAAACCCCCGCCAGGGUUGAUAAACCCGAACAACCCGAGUUAUGGGAUUCUCAAACGUUACAUUCUCAACUGUGACAUGAAUUUGUCGUGCAAAACUACCAUGAACCACCAGACAAUCAAGCCACCUGGCAUGACAAAUCCCCGAAGGGCUAAACAGCGCCUAAAUCUGUGCCGGAGUUGUGAUGCGAGAGUUGCAAGCUUGCCCCUUUCACUGUUGCGGUUCUUGCAUCACAAAUUUAUGUAACAGUUCAGAAUGUCACGUUUGAGAACGCCAUACGAGUAACAGCCUGGUGCUGUUAUGCUCCAACGUGCCGAACGUGCUCACCCCGUCGGAGUUUUGCACCAAAUGGAUGCAUAUCAACUGCAAAUUAUAUGUCUGGGUCUGGAAGAAUGCAGGUUUGUCAUGCUUGUGCGGCAUGAGUCUGAAGUCUGUGAUGCAGGCGCAGGAAAAUUUGGGCCUCUUGCCUCUCAUGCAAAAACGCAGCUUGUCAUGCGAAAAACGAAACACACAGCAGCGCAAAAACUUUUCAUGCUGGGCUGCAUAUUGCAGUGCGCCCACAAUUCGCAGAUUUGCAUCAUAAGUUUCCGGACUCAGACAUAUUUGCAUUUGAUAAUGCACAUGCGCACCAACGUGUUCCAAUUCACAAGGGUACUACACGGGAAGAAGCCCCAGUACUACAUGCUUCUGAUGGCACUGCGACCGGAAAUCACCCCGAGACAGGCCAACCUGCUGUUGCGCGAGUACAGGAAGAAGCCGUAUUUUGGAACAGCGGGAGGUGCGGCUGGACCUCCAUUUUUACACCACCAGCAAAUUGCAGCAGGCGGUGGUACUAGAGCGGUAGGGCGGUUACUAGAUAGCGACAGGAACUACAACUACGGCCACGAUAUAACAAUGGAUAAUUCUCGUGCUACUUCAAAGUGGGAAAUGCCCAGCCUCCACUACGUGUUCGAAGCGACGGUGAUGGUAAGCCAGAACCGAAUUUCCUCCGCAGCGUCGCCAGCCCCAGCACCACCCACUGACCCGCAGCUGCUGAUGAGUUACAUGAAAUCCCCAAGAGUGAACGUCACUAGUUCGCUAUGCAAGAAAAAAACUGUGUCAGUGUAAUUUUUUGUUGCAGACGAUGCAAGACACUUACGACUGUCAUGCUGGACAUGCAUCAGUGGCUCUUUUCGUACGUCGUCUUUUCACUUACUAGGUACGCAUGACAGGUUUUCUCUGUCAUGCAGAGCAAACUUGUGACGCUAUUCCUCCAAGAAAGUUACACUUACACAGUUUUUUUCUUCAAUAUUCGCCUUUCUUAGACCUGUUUCCGCAGCUGCUUAGCAGCAGUAGUGCCACGACUGCCGGCGGAGCAGGACAGCAAAACAUCAACAGUGCGGGAGGCGGUGUACCACCCUGUUCGUCUUCGCAGAGCAUCUCUCUACCAAGUUCAACCUCGCCGGCAGGAGCUCUGGCAGCGACUGGAAGCAGUGGUGCCGUCGUUUGGGGACAGCAUCACGUCGUGGGAGGUACUAUUGGAUCCUCCUCGGCAACCUCAUCUUGUUGUUCGCCACGAGAACAAGUGGACGAGAUGAGGGUGCAACAAGACCUAGUGGUAACAUCAAAUGCGGAACAAGAUGAACUCCUGCAGGAAACUACCGCAAAUAGAAAUUCUUCAGAACAAGAUGCAGGUGGAGCUAUUAAUUAUCAGGUCAACAUGACCUUAACCGGCUUCGAAGACGAGGAGGGAGAUGCUGGUUGCGACGGGCGGGGCGAAAAUACUUCUAGCAACUACAAUUUUCAUGAUCACACAACUUCGUCUGGCGACCACAUCGACAUCCCCCCGCUCCGGCACCCACACCCCGAAUACGCGGGUGCAGUGGGUGGUCAGGUAGUUGCUGCGGUUGUUCCAGGAAGUUCUUGUGCAAGUAGUACAACGUUAUCCUCUGCUUUGCAACAGCAGGUCCAAGUCCAACACCAGCAACCGCAACAGCAGCCCCCGAAAGAAAACCUCUUGGUCCUUCCCCCUUCCGCCGAGUGUAUGGUUUGUCUGGAAACCUUAUCAGAUGCAUAAAUAUGUUGUCUUCAGUGCCUGGGUCGUUUGGAAAGAACUUGUGAUGCAAGCGAGGGAAUAACAAUAAGAAUGGACACACUCUAGUACUUUAAUGCAGCGCUGCCGAGAAUAAAUAUGACAACAAGCACAAGGCUCGUCUCCGUGCUGGUUCUUGCAACUACCUUCCAGACCCAGACACAGUAGAUGAUUGCAUUUCAUAAACCUCGGACGAAAUUUCGGACUUGGGGGGCGGCGUGCGUGUCACUCUACUCUGCGGGCAUUCCUUUCACUCCAUGUGCCUGUUGCGGUGGCUGGACCAAACCUGCCCGGUGUGUAUGCAUUGCAAAUAUGUCUGGGUCUGGAAACUUGUAAUGCUGAGUGGCGUAGCCGUAGCAAAGCAUGGGGAACCCAUAAAGUGAUGGCUCAGCAUGACAAGCUUCUGAGCUCCUUCUAGGUGUUGCCUAUUCUGCACGACAAACUGCGUCGCGCCUGCAUCACAGAAAGAUGGGGCUUUUGAAUAACGUGCAUGACAGACUUGAGAGGCUUGCUAGCCGAGCAAGACAAAUAUCGCUUUCUUCCAGGCCCAGGCAUAUUUGCAUUCGAUAGUGUGCCGCUUCCAACAAUAUCCCGCACCCAUGUCUGUCCAACACUUCACCAGCACGGGCUGCGAGAUAUGGAAUGCAAAUAUGUCUGGGUCUGGAACAAAGCAACUUGUCAUGCUAAAUCUGAAUCAGGUAAAAAUCUGUGUUGCAUCAUUACCAAAAGCUCUCCACUUUUGACCUCCUAAUCGAGAGGCAGUUUCUCAUGCAGGAUAGGCAUGAUAGAACAGUCACAGAGUCUGCCAUGCUGUGUCGUACAUACCAGACCUCAUGGGUCAUGGAAAACCUGCGUGACAAAUCUGGCACUCUUCCAGACCCAGACUACAUUUUUGCAGUUGAUACGAGAUCGAGUUGUGCGAAUUCUACUGCAACACCGCGACACCCGACCCGGAAAACUUCUACCUGAUAACGCCGCUUCGUAUGUGCCUCAUUUGCGGUUUCACUGGCUGUCUCCCCCACGCGCUGUUUCAUUUCGAAACCAACCCGGGGCACUGCUACGCGCUGGACCACGCCACGCAAAAGGUCUUAUCCUGUGCAAAAGUAUCGUACUCGUAUUGCAAUCAUGCAUAUACAAAUCCUUUUGUUAACGUAAAUCCGCAUUGCAAAUUAUUUUCUUUUCUCAUGCUGAGCAAAUUUUUUGUCAUGCGAUUUAUACGAGUGCGAUGCUUUUGGGUUUCAUAAGUCUUUGACUACAGCAACAACGAGUUCGCGCAUGAUUUUCUUCUGGACCAUGACGCUGGCGCCGUGUGUGAGGAGGCUCCACCUGUGGAGGACAGUGAGGUCCUCGUACCAGCGUUCGGGAAAAUGGAAAACAGCCGACACAGGAGAGUGGAACAGCAGCAGCAGCAAAGCAGCUCGACUCUGAUGAAUAAAGAGGACCUAGCACCAGGGAAGAAGAUGAAAGGUUUGAAGAGCAAGCACGCAAUAUGGGACUGUCAGGAUCGAAAUCGACAAAGUUGAAAUAUUUUCUGAUGUAUAAACUGCAAUGCAUGAAGUGCACCUCUUGUAGGGAUGGCAAGUGAGGCCGACUGUCAGCCUAAUUGGGGUCUGCGAUAGAGCUGCUAAAGUAGCAUGACAAGAGACGCCUUCUGUCCCUAAACAGCAUCACAAAGUGGAUUUAGACGGUGCCGAAAUUUGUCAUGCGGCGCUCGGAAAUUUGGCUUCCAACUGGUUGUAUCGAUUUCAUGCAUUAAGUACAAGUUGUUUCAACUUUGUCGAUUUCAAUUCUGACACUCCCAUACGCCAAGAAGAAGCAAGAAAACGCGGUGAUAGAGUUUAACCAGGUGCUCACACGGCAGAUGGAGGAGCAACGGCUGUAUUUCGAGGAUUUACUGGAUAUCCUGUGCAAAAGUAUCGCACUCGUAUAAAUGCAAGUCUUGCAUUACAAAUCCUUUUCUUAAGGAAAAUCCGCAUUACAAAUUUUAUUUCUCAUGCUGAGGGAAUUUGUAAUGCAUUUAUACGAGUGCGAUGCUUUUGCAAUUCAUACUGGACAAAAAGGAGCAAGACGUGCAGUCGCUGAAGCGGGAUUGCCUGCACAGGUUUAUCAAAGUGAAAAAUCCCCCCUCCCGCUCCCCAUAUCAAGACGAAAGUUCUGAUCAUGCUGGAUUUGCGUACACAAAUGACGUUGUCUUGCAAUAUUAUAGGACUGCAGCCAGAUCCUCAGACUGUUUAGGAGUGUAAGCGUCUAGCUGUUUAGCAUGAGAGACGCCCGCCCUGUAGGCCCAACAUCGCAUGAGAAACCGCAUCCACAAUGCAGCGCACACAACAAUGCUUGCCUUCUUGCACGACAGAGCUGAUUUGUGACCACAAAUCUGCAUCACAAAUUUUCGGAGUGAUGCCUUUUUGAUAUGGGGAGGGGGGAUUUUUCGUCACAAUAAGGUUAGAAGCGUUGUCUGUUGAGUUCGACACGGUUUUGCAACAGGAAGCGAGAAAAGCGGCGGAGUUGCAGCAAGCGAAAGCCAAUCUGGAAACCUUACGGAGGAAACUCGAGGGCACGAAGAAGAAGAAACAAGACUGCGAGGCCGAAAUUGAGAAGUACCAACAUCUUCAUGAUGAUCCCAACCACGGUACUACUGCUCCUCUUGGUGACGCAUUAGCAUCUUCAUCAUCUUCCGGGGGCGCAUGGAAUAGAAGUCAACCGGUACUAUCAACAAGUAGAACUACCGCACGACCCUCGCCUGAUGUGCAAGCACUGGCGAUGCCGGCCUCGGUCCCUCGUCUGCUCACCAGUUGCUCUUCGUCUCCGGCAACAUCAGCACCGUCCUCCUCGGUCAGCAUAUCAAAGUUGUGCACAACUCCCCCUGCCACUCGUUUGUCAUGCAAAAUUAUACCAAAUCCAAGCAGAUGCAGAUCCACCCUUUGCCCGUUGGCGCUGCUUGCAUGACCAGUACUGGCAGCAGGUGCCCAAGUAGCACUACAAGUUAUUAUCCUGUGCAGGUAGUUUGUCAUGCAAAACCUGCAUGAUAUUCUUGCUGACGCUUGUAUAGGUGUUCACGCCAACAUGUUACAAAUAAAGAGAGAUGGGGACGAGACGAGUCGUGCACUCGGAUACAACAAGCCAUUAACCGCGAAGGAGAAGAAAAACCAGGAAAAGGCAUUGAUCAAACAGCUGAAACAGGAAUAUUAAAAGGAAAAACUCCCCCUCCCCACAUUGUCAUUGAAAAGGUAUGUUUCCGAAAAUUUGCGUUGCUGAUUUGUGGGCACAAAUCACAUUUGUCUUGCAAGAAGACAAGGGCAGAAGCUUCCGUCCCACUAUGGAAGCGAUUUGCCAUGCUCUUGGGCCUAAAGGGCAGCCAUUUGCAAUGCUGAACAACUAGACCGAAGCGCCGCCAUUUAGGCUGGGAAUCUGGCCGCAGUGCCUUCCUGCAAUACAGAGCUGAUUUGUGUACACAAAUCCAGCGCCAGAAGUUCCGUUUUGAUAUGGAGAGGGGGGAUUUUUGCCUUUGAUAAGGAGGUAGAAGAGUUGAAAAUGAAUGUGCGCAUGAAAGCAAAAUUCAAAAAAGAGCAACUAGAAAACUCUGGGGUGCUGGGAACCAUGUAAAAAUCAUGAUCUAGAUUGUGAGUUGCAGGUGGAUGUCUAUUGUGAUCUUGGCUUUUAAUAU